GCGCUAUAGCACUGUGGUGAGCAAGUUUGAGAAAGCAAUCAAGGUGCCAGUGGCGGUGGUGAAUGGUCACUUGCAAUGUGGUCGUUGCCCUGCUUUGUUUUAUGUACCUUGGUUUGCGGCUUUCGUGCAGUGGCUUCAACAGCAACUUGCUGCAGAACAGCAGCUUGAGCGGCACUUGUGCCUUUGCGCACCGGAUGCCUCGCACUCAGAUUUGGAUUUUGACAAUGUCCCACAAAUAUUGUUGCUGAGAUUCACUAGUUUAUUGGCUUCAGUGGGAACACCCAAGGUUUCCAAUACCUUCAUUGGAGAGUUAAUCGGCAUGCUGCUGGUCAUGGGUUCUGAUGGGUCUUUGGCCACGGGGUACAACCUCUUGAGAACUGCUACCCAGCAUUUGCUCGGAAUUUUGCCCCAAUGUGUGUCGUCAAUUCUUCUGAACAGGGAUGAAACAGAAAAAGGCAAAGUGGUUGACAGGGCUUUGAUCGAGCAGAUAGUUCGAAACUUUUCAGAGGACAGAGAGGAGUCUGGCCAGAGAAAGCUGGAAGAUGCAUUGGAGAAGCGUGGGGUCAGUCGCAAGUUUGCGGGCACCGUUUACAAAGCUGGUGUGGCCGGCAAGGAUUUCCCAACCAUGCUGGCAUCUGGGGCAAAGGCAGACCUCACAAACCCAGGGAUGGCUGUGAUUGAAAACGUGAUCUAUGCCACUGCUUUGAACAAAGACACUUGUGUGGCUCAUUAUGAUUUUGUCACUCUCCUGGAGGAGGUUCAGCACAAACUCAGGCGUGACUUGCCUUUGGGCCCCAGUGCCUUGCUGAUUGGGUCCCCGGCUGACAUUCAAGAGGAUACUACUUUGUUGGGGUCAUCUCGUCUGCAUUUGCGUCAGUGUAGUCCAGCACAGCUCGCAACUUUGACCCCAACCCAACUUCUGAACCAGAACGAACAAGCUCGCCUCCAACACUACGGACGGCUCUGGUCACAGGAGCCGGCUUGCUCAUGGCAGGACCUUGUAGUGCAUCUUGGCGAUGACCCUAGGAAGUCUCGAGAGGCCCUAGGCAAUGCGCAGCACGUGGCCAACGUCGGCGUGUUUGCAGCGUGUGCUUUGGCAUCAACUGUGUAUCCCGGGGCAGAUGGUGCCGGCUGGUAUCCCGGAAUUGCCCCGCCCAUGCCCAGCAACCCUUUUGGGACUGUGCCUGGAACGGCGCCUGCAAAGGCGUCUGGGUCGGAUAAUGGCAAGAAACGGCCAUGCAAACAACCUGCUGAGACCGUCCAAUCUCGAAAGGCCAGAGCAACUACCAGCAACACCAUUACGGCUAAAUCCAUGGAUGGGCUGGAGGAAGAUCGAUUGAACCAGAUUCUCACAGCCCUUGAGGGGACCCAGUUCAAUGGUUACGUCUUGAAUUCAAUGGGGUUGACCAGAGACGACAAAGUGGACUUGAUUGGCAAGUUGACUGGUCAGUAUGGUGAUGCCAAGCCCAUUACCAAAGCAGGAGACCGACUGGUGACGGAGCUUUGCAAUGAAUACCGUCGACGGGUUGGCGAGGGGACAGCGCCGGCAACCAUCCAAGCUUCGCGACUGCUUCAAGAGUGUCGCGCAGAGCGACUUCACAUGCAAGAGAUGUUGAAACAUGUGCAGCUGUCAAUGCGGCCUUUCUUGACGAAUGGCGUAGAGGCGAAAUGGGUUUCAGACCUCAUCACCCUUCCGGUUGCGACUCCUCCACCCCGCGAACAGCAACAAGCUCUGCCAGCCCAGACAGCAUCCAGCCCUGCACCUCAGACUCAAGCACUUGAGAUCCAGCAAGCGCAGCAGGUUCCACUCCAACGUCAGCAGCAACCUUGCACAGUCCCUCUCUUCCCGCAGACAACCGCACCGCCAGCCAACACUGGCCCUCCCCAGCACCACGGGAUGGGAUUGCAGGGUCCACCGCUGGAAGCGGUGACAGCACCAGCAGCACCAGCACCCACUCCAGCGGCAGCUGGGUAUCAAGAAGAACAAGCUCGGAAGAACGCGCAUGAACAGCAAAUUGCGUACUUGAAGCAGCAGCAAGAGCAGCAACGCCAACAGAUCGAACAACAACAGCAGGCACUUCAACAGACAGAAGCAGAACGACAGCGUGUGGAAGGUCUACUUUUGCAGGAACUGAAGAGCAAAUCUUUGCCACCACCAGCGCCACCAGCAGCACCAACACCCGCAGGAGCCUUCUCCAAGUCAGGAUGGCCUUACGGUGGGAUUGGCAAGGGUCCCGGGGGACAUGAUGGUGAUGACAGCCCGCCUCCUGAUUGCGCAGACAAGACGCCGACAAAGCAGAAGGAUGAUCAGGUUGUGCGUAAGGCUGUCCUGCCUCCAAACCCACAGCAAGACUGGGAGAUCCUUUGUGAAGAGCAGGAUUACUACUUGUCUUCAGAGAAUCUGCAGAUUUCAGUUUGGGAUUCUCUGGGUACCGCUACGCUCCCGCUGCCUGGUCCAGAACAGAGUGACGAUCCAGGAGCUGCUGGAGCUGAACCAAGCCGUGCGCUGGCCCGUCAGCCCUCUAUUCCAGCUUCGCCCUCCGCAGCCUUGGCCCGAGCGGCUGUUCCAGUGGCGGCGCCGCCGUGCCCACAGCAUCUUGCCAGCUUGAACAUUGAUGGCGUUGAAGCGACUCCAGCUGAACUUGCCGAGUGCUGGAUAAAGCCCCAACAGGUUGCCAAAGCCAAAGUGCUGUCUGGCAUGCCUUUGCGGUCUGACCCAGACAUCAACAGAGAGAUGUUGGCAGAGGCAAAACUCACUCAGACUAUCUCCGCAAAGGCUGAAGCAAGGACCUUGAAGUACGAACCUCUCAAAUAUAUCCAAGCCUUGGAGAAUGCGCUAGUGCGGGGUGCUGGGCUGUCUUUAGACCAGCAUGUUCCCUGCCCAGUAUCCCCACAUGAAGUGGGUGCCAGUGGGUCAUUGGAGAACAAAGGUGCAAUCAUUUUCGUUUCAGACCAAGAGGGGAAGCAGGUGAAAUGGAUCAACAUCCUUUUGUACAAGCUGAAGCUUCGUGGCAAAUAUCGUCCAGAGUAUGUACAUCGCGUUCACAACGAUGGGCAACUGUCUGUGAAGCAUCUGGGUUUGCAAGGCGUGCUUGCCUCCACCAGGCUUCUUAUGAGCAGCAACAAGAAGCCUUGGCAAUCUGGCGAGUUUGGGCACGAUCUCGCCGCCAUUGCCCAUAUGUGGCUGGACAACAAUGCGCCUGACUCCAGUGAGUUUGAGGAGUGCGCGGAUGAGCUCAAGAGAGACAAGGAGGUGUUUGCAUUGAUGACCAACACUGACUUGCACGAGUUUGGCAACACUUGGCCCCUUCAGGUCAAGCUGAGCCGGUUCUUUGAUUGGGCAGCGAAGUGGAGGAGAUUUGAGAAGUCUUGGGCAUUCCUGAAGCGGGUCUACAAAUCAUGGCAAGAUUUGCGCGGCAACCAGAAGGGGCAACUUCCUUCCUAUGAUGAUGCGCAGCAGGACCAGAACCCAGACCAGGACCUCAAGAACCAGGACAAGGGAGCCGACGAGAAAAAUGAAACAGGUGCUGGUCCUGAGGAGGAUGACGCCCCACAAGUUGCUUCACGUGGGCGGGCUAAAAAACAGCAGGACAAACUCUUCUCAGUUUUGAAGCAAAUGCAGAAGACUCGGCAUACCCUGGACAUUUGCACCGACUUGCUUUGGGACCCAAAUUUGAAAAGCUAUGCGCAGAUGAUCUACCAUGCACAGCACACCCUGAUGAUGGAGUACUAUGAUUUCUUGGAAGUCUUGAAGAACCAGGAAGAGACACGCAGAUUUCUCGCCAACAUGUCCAACCGACAUUGGGCCGCUACUGUCCAAGCUGUUCUCGCAAAGCUCAGCUCUCAUGAGGCGCUGCACGAUAUCAAGAUUGACAUUGCCCGUGUUGACUCCGACGAUGCUCAGAACACGAUUCAGAACUACUCAAAUUUGUUCUUCGAUCUCAUCGUGCGCACAGCAGCCCACAGGGCAUGGUCAUGUCUGACGGUGUCGGAUGUUGCCCCGGAACAGUGGAAUGGAGUACUGUCGAGCAUCCCAGCAGAAUCACAACACGCAUUCAAAAUCAUGAAGGCCGACGCAGAGGUUGUUGCCCAAGCGAGGACAUCGUUGGCGGCUGGCGGCCAUCCAGAGCAAAAGGACCUGUGGACGCAUGGCAAGGCAACCUCGUGGAACCCGGAAGUCAUUUACCAACACUUGCACAGGUUGGCAUCUUUCAUCCCAUCCACGAAAGAAUCGCUGGAAGAUUGCAUCGGGGACCUUGGCGAUCAUACCAAGCGUGAUCAGAAAGGCGCUGGCUCAAUGAAGGAGAGUGAGGAGCGCCUUUUCUUCUAUCACUGUGUCUCCAAGAGAUUGUCCAAUGUCCCAUUCCUGGGACUCAUGGAAGGGGACCUUGUGAAUAGUGAAGCCCGCUCUUUCAGUGCAAACCGGGUGUUGGUUUUUGGAGAGGACAUGCGGAUCAAAGGUGAUGUGACUACGACAAUUAAAGCUUUUUGCCGGAAAGGUGACAUUGCAGAAUCGAAAGAUGUGCGACCUAGUGGGCAACCAGCUGACUUUCGCAGUGUCUCAGCAAUGAUGGCUUUGAGACAGCGUGAUGAUCUCCUGGCAUGUGCAGAUGGGGAGCUCAUCACUGCGGAGGAGGCGACUGGACUAAAGGUCACGCGCUUUGAGGAAAAGCAAGUUGGUACGAAGUCCCGUCUGAUGGCCUUGAUACGAGCGCACUUUCCUGAUCUUGGGGACGAAGACUGGGCUGGUAUGUUGGCCCGACUCUUGGAAACCUCCAAGUCCAAAGGCAAAGUGGUGGAAACAGCUGCGCUCGGUGAAGUUCUGCAUGAACUCGAAGGCACCGAUGACAGCAAACUUUUCGAGCAACUGCGUGAAAGGCUGACUACCCAAAAGCACGAAGAGCUCAUCUUGGAGAGGCUCAAGGGGGUUGGAAGAGAGAAAUCAUCAAUGACUACACCGACACCUUUGAAGCGUCUCCAGCCACCCAUCAAGGGGGCAUACCUGGUUUGGCAGCCUUCAGCGAGUGCUUUCCAGGGGUAUUACCCCAAGGACUUGACAGAGAAACAGAUGAAGGACCCAAAAACCAAGAAGCAAUUCUCCACCAACAGGACCUAUGGACCUGAGCGAAGCCAGGAAGAUGCCCUUUGCUUGGUUGUGCGCUACUUGUGGGAUAAACACAAGGCCUUCGGGAGGGACUGUGCCCAAAAACCAACCAACUUCCAAGUGAAGAAAGCCUUGGAGCAAGCAGUGCAAAUCAUGUCCGGAACAGUGGAGGAUGAAGAUGCGCCUGAGCCCACUGAACAUGACCAGGCUGGGGGGAAAGGCGACUUGGGGGAACUUGCAGAGCCUGCAGCAUCAGAUGCUGCGGCGGUGGAGGCUCCUCCGGGGGAGGCUGCUCAGGAAGAUUCGCCUUCUUCGCAGCGUGGCGGUGGGAAUCACGAUGAUGAGGAAGGCGAUGUGCACAUGACUUCUCCUCCGCCCUCUCCUUCUGGCUCCAACGUUGGCUCUUCUGACAGCUCCUCAUCAUCCGGCAGCAGUUCCGGCUCAGAUGAUGAUGAACAAGGUGGCUCUGGAGAACCGAGCGCUCCUGA